GACGUGAUGUGGAUGCGUGGUCAGUGGCUUCUAAUGCUAAGCGCGGCUGUACAUGGCUGCAGCGAGUUCCUCCUAAAUUCGACAAACGAAACCAUCUCGGCUCGUACGAUGGACUUUACGCUGGACCUGAACGCGCACUUGGAGAUCGUCCCGCGGGGCACCCGCCUCCGUGAGCCGCCGGCGCGGGACUGCGCCAACUGCAGCAGCUACGCGUGGGACUCGAUUUACGGAUUUGUCAGCGUGAAUGCCUACGGCGCCAACGUAGCCACGGACGGGCUCAACGAAGCUGGUCUUUCGGCGGCGUGGCUGUGGCUUGACGCGACCAGCUAUCGCACGGCCGACCCGACGAAUCCUCGGCCCGUCGUCACGUCGGUGGUGUCGCACCUCCUCGGGACCUGCGCGUCCGUCGACGAUGUCCGCGCCAAGCUCGCGACGGUUCAAAUGGCCGAGAUCGACCCAGCGCUGUUGACGAUGUUUGCACCAGGGACACCAGUGGCGUCGUAUCCGCUCCACGUCGCCGUCCACGAUGCAUCCGGUCGCAGCCUCGUGCUCGAGAUUUUGAACCAGACGCUGCAUAUAUAUGACAACCCGAAUGGCGUGCUCACCAACGACCCGCCGCUGCCCGACCAGUUGGCGGCGCUCGCGAACGCCACGUCGCUGCCGUCGGGCUAUGGCUCGACCGAGCGCUUCGUGCGUCUCUCGAUGCUCAACCGCCACCGCGAUCGCGCGUAUGACCCGUCGACGAGCUACGGCGCGGCGUCGAGCGAGCAGGCGGCCGUCGCUUCCGCCGCGCACUUUCUAGGCACGGUACAGGUACCGCUGGCGGGCAAAGACGGCGGCGGCACUGAGUUUGCAUUGGUGCGGGACCACAUGCACCGAAAACUCUAUUUCCAGUCGACGCAAAACCUCAAUUUGCGCAUGGUCGACUUGCGUCGCAUCGACUUUGCGCCUGGCGCCAAGCGACAAGCCCUUGCCGUGACGUUUGGGCGCUGGUUUGAUGACGUCACGGACGCACUUUUGGCGUCGACGACACACUCGAAAGACAUUCCGAACCGGUCGCACUUGGACAAGGCGUUCGAUUCACACUCGACGCAGUUGGCGCCGCCAACGUUCCGCGGUUCAAUCCCCGCCACCAUCAUUGUUGUCGGUGCCAGCAUCGGUGCUAUCGGUGUGAUCGGCAUAGCGUUGCUGCGCGAACACAAACGCCAAGGGUACGCCAAUGUCGCUUAAUCUUAAUCCCUCUUAAUUACACUCUGUUAACCCUGUGCCCUGUCG